CGCACAUAGCUCGCCAGGUUUUUUCCCAUCACCAAUCCACUCUUCCCCUCCUUUUUUUUUCUUCACUCCCCUUUGCUGUCCCCACCCCAGAUUCCCGUGCAAUUUUCCCCAAUCCCAAACACUUAAUUGAGCAAUUGGGAUUCCUCACGUGUGGGCUGAUUUGUAGUUUGAACACGUGGCUCAUUCAAAAAAGCCGGAAUAGCGGUGGAUUUUUUUUCUCCCCCUUCUUCUUCUUCUUCUUAUUCUAGGCUCUAGACUUAGAGGCGGGCGCCAGCCUUACCGUGUGUGACAUUCUCUGUCUCUUUGCCAAAGGGUUUGGAGGAAGACACAAAGUAGUUUCUCCUCCUUUUCACCCAGCCCGCCAUCGUUUGGAGGCACGAAAUUAAUAAUUGAGCAUUUAUUUAUUGCGCGAUAGAGACAGAGGGGCGAGGGAGCGCAAACGCACUGUGAGGCUGCCAGUUUAAAUCUAUCUGUGGCUUGAACGACCGGGAAGCACGCCACAGCCACUCCGUAGUAGUAAAGGCGAUUUAGGCUACUCUAAACACUGCACAUCCGCGAGAGCAAAUAACUAUCUCUCCCUCAGCGCAAAGAUUGUCCCUUUUCGGCGCAGAACAUGAAUAAGCUAUACAUUGGCAACGUGAGCGCAGAGGCGAGCGAGGAGGACUUCGAAACUAUCUUUGAGCAGUGGAAGAUUCCGCACAGUGGUCCAUUUCUUGUCAAAACUGGCUAUGCGUUUGUGGAUUGCCCGGACGAGAAGGCUGCAAUGAGGGCCAUCGAUAUUCUUUCAGGUAAAGUUGAACUUCACGGCAAAGUUCUGGAAGUGGAGCACUCGGUCCCUAAACGUCUAAGGAGCUGUAAGCUGCAGAUCAGGAACAUCCCGCCUCACAUGCAGUGGGAGGUAUUGGAUGGUAUGCUUGCUCAGUAUGGUGCAGUAGAGACCUGUGAACAAGUAAACACUGACACAGAGACCGCAGUAGUCAAUGUUCGAUAUACAGCCAAGGACCAGGCCAGGCUGGCGAUGGAGAAGCUGAAUGGAUCUAUGAUGGAGAACUAUGCCUUGAAAGUGUCCUAUAUCCCAGAUGAGACGGCUGCACCGGAGGGUCCUUCAGCGGGGGGCAGGAGAGGCUUCAACGCCCGCGGACCACCUCGCGCCGGCUCUCCGGGUCUGGGUGCUCGGCCCAAAUCGCAGUCCGAGGUCCCGCUCCGCUUGCUGGUUCCCACGCAGUUCGUAGGGGCCAUUAUUGGCAAGGAGGGCGCCACUAUCCGCAACAUCACCAAACAGACCCACUCAAAGAUUGACAUCCAUAGGAAAGAGAAUGCUGGUGCAGCAGAGAAGCCCAUCACAAUUCACUCCACACCUGAAGGCUGUUCGAACGCUUGCAGAACCAUCAUGGAGAUCAUGCAGAAGGAAGCCCUGGACACAAAGUUCACUGAGGAGAUCCCACUGAAGAUCCUUGCACACAACAACUUUGUAGGAAGAUUAAUAGGAAAAGAAGGACGCAACCUGAAGAAAAUCGAGCAGGAUACGGGGACCAAGAUCACAAUCUCACCUCUCCAGGACCUGACCGUGUACAACCCAGAGCGGACCAUUACAGUGAAGGGCCUCAUUGAGGCGUGUGCAAAAGCUGAGGAGGAGAUGAUGAAGAAGAUUAGGGAAUCGUAUGAGAGUGACAUGGCUGCUAUGAACCUCCAAUCCAACCUGAUUCCAGGCUUGAACCUGAACGCUUUGGGUUUGUUCCCCAGCGGAGCACCAGGCAUGGGCCCCUCCAUGUCCAGCCUCCCUCCUCCUGGAGCGCACGGCGGAUGCUCAUCAUUCGGAUGCAGUCCUUAUGGGGGUGAGGGGCCAUUUUGGGCUUCUAUGCUGUCGGCGAGCAGCCAGCCCCUCGCUCAGGGACACCCCGAGUCGGAGACGGUUCACCUGUUCAUUCCUGCACUUGCGGUGGGAGCCAUCAUUGGAAAACAGGGUCAACACAUCAAACAGCUGUCACACUUUGCCGGAGCCUCAAUCAAGAUUGCGCCUGCAGAAGGAAUGGAUGCCAAGCAGAGGAUGGUCAUCAUCGUUGGACCGCCAGAGGCUCAGUUUAAGGCUCAGUGUCGUAUCUUUGGCAAGCUGAAAGAAGAGAAUUUCUUUGGACCCAAGGAAGAGGUGAAGCUGGAGGCUCACAUCAAGGUUCCCUCCUUCGCUGCUGGACGAGUAAUUGGGAAGGGCGGAAAGACGGUAAAUGAACUGCAGAACUUGACCUGUGCAGAAGUGGUGGUGCCCAGGGACCAGACACCUGAUGAGAAUGACCAGGUUAUUGUCAAGAUCAGUGGACACUUCUUUGCCUGCCAGCUGGCCCAGAGAAAGAUUCAGGAGAUCUUGGCCCAGGUGAGGAGGCAGCAGCAGCCGAAGCCCACAUCUGGAGCCCAACCUCCACUGCCCCGCAGGAAGUAAAAACCCAGCAGACCUGGAGGAAUGGUGACCGAAUCUGCCAGAAGACUCGACAGAAGGACAGAUGCAGCAGAGUCCAGGGGGAGAAUAAGACCGAGGGUCCUAACGCUCAUCUCAGGGGUUAAUGGUUAUCAGAACUCAACCAAACAUCCACCCCUCCUCGCCUUACUUGAAGGACUUUCAAGUGUGGCUAAUAAGAGACCCUGCGCCUCUAAAACUCCACCCUCUCUGCAUCUCUGUGAGAAUGUACUUCUGAGGGCUCCCACCAACGUCACCUGCCCUCACAUGUACACACCCCUCAACCGCUCUCCUCCCCCCAUGGGUGUGUAAAUUUUUAGAUGAUUAUUAUUUUUUUUUGUUCUCUUUUUACACUAGAAACACAAAGAAGAAAUAAGGAUCCCCCUCCUAUCACCUCCUUGGUGUGGUACUUCAAACAUGACAAGAUGUUUUGGUUGACUUCAGAUUUAGUUAACACCUGUUUUUCUUUUUUAGUGUUUAAUUGGUUGAUGAAGCUUUCUCAUGAGUUUUUUCUGUGGAAAGGAAAAGGCAUUGCUAUCGAAGGUCCUGGCCGGAUCAACAGAGAGGUUUAUUUGGGGGGAGGGUUGGCUCAGAUUGGGUGGGCCAUGAUUAGGGGAAAGAUUCUUGUUUUAGGACAGGACCCCUGAAAGGGUGGAUUAUAUUGGGCGUCCUGCCCUUGUAAUGAUAGUGGCAUUUUAUAAAUUCGGAUGCAUUUUAUAGAUAGACCUAUAUACAUAGAUGAAUAUAUAUAUAUUUAGAGGUGAGGGCAGCGCCAUGACUGACACUUAGGGAAAUGGUGCCGAACUGCUGCUGCCCAGGAAAACCAAUUUAAUAUGCAUUUUACUUAACUACCUCAGGAUCAAGUACCUCAGAAGAGAACAGAAAAAUGAUAUUAUAUAUAUAUAUAUAUACGUAUAUAUAUAUAAAUAUAUAUGGAAAAAAGUUCCUUUCUUUUUUAUUUUGCUUUUGUGGUAUUUUGUAUACUUUAUAAAGCUGAUAGUCUUUGAACAUUUUUAUUUUUUUAAGAAAAUUAAAAAUUUGGUCAGCUGCCAACUGACCUUGCCUUCAACUCUGGUGCUUUAGGUGGCAUUGUACAUGUGUAUGUGUGACUUAAGAUGACCCUGUACAUAAAGUCUAUUUGUACAUAGCAGCCCCGGAGCACGAGUUGGCGCCCCCUCAGCUGGCGGCUGACAGGAGUAUCGAGAGAAAAUCGCCUCAGUUUUUCCCCUGAGGGUCCACCAUCUUCUGGGAAAAAAAUAAUUACUAAACAACUAAGACAUGCAAAUAAUGCCAACCGUACAUAAUUGCAGCAAUGCCAUUUAGUUUUGGGAUUGACAUUGUUAUUGGUAAAGGUACUUUAAUUUGUCAAAAUUUCCUUUUCGCCUUCCUAUGAAGGCUGUGGUCAGGGUGCUGCAGGGCGUCCUGUAAUGGGUCCUCCCUGUAGCUGUCCUCCAGUCAGCAGAGCAUCUGUUUUUGGUCUGUUCUGUUCCCAGGCCAUCUGCCACCUUCUUGAUGAUAGUGUCUUAGCAAGGUCCAAGCCCAGCUAGGUUUAUUUUCAUAGAGCAAGCUUUGUCAGUUCGGAGUGGCCCUUGUAGCCAGGGCCAUCAAGUCGAUGUUAACGUCAUUCACUGCAUGGUGAGGGUAGGGGGAGUCACACUGAUAGAUGCAUAUAUAAUAUUUUUUUUUUUUUUUUUGCGCUUUAGGAAAAACGAUUAAAAAAAACAAAAACAAAGGACAUUCUCUGUAACCCACAAAUGUACUUGAUGUUUCAUUUUGUUGUUCAUACAGGGAAAACAAGCCAGAAAAAGGCACACAUAAUACUGAAUGAACCCUGACUGAAAAAGAAGAAGAAGAAGAAAGGAAUCCAAAACUUAAAAGUAUACGAUUUAUUUCAUUUGUUUCCAUGCCGAAUGUAAAUAUGUUGAUUGUGGUAAAAGUGCUCGAGUGUAUCCAUGCUUCCUCAGUAGAACGCCGUCUACCUCAGCUGAGGGGGUGGGGGGUUGUUGUGGCACUAGGCACCCCACCCUGCCCCCACUGAGCGCCAGCGCGCACCGAUACCUCAGUCCCCCUCCGGCCCCCCAAUAUUUCUUUCUUACAUGGGCGCGCCUUCCCAACACCGCGCUUAACUGAGGGGCACAAGUGAUACUAAAAAUUCUCCCCGACAUUUCCCCCCGUCCCCCCCCCCAGCUUCCUUCCCUCCUCCUCCAGUUUGUUUUGAUCUACCUCUUUAGACACGUAUUUGAAGUAGAGGCAUUCUUCUAUUUGUUAGAAUUUACCCCCCAGCCCUCCCUUUUUUUCGCCUCCUCCUCCCCCCUCCCCAUGCUUCCCCCACGAGAUAAGACUGAAAAUUUAAAAAUCAUGAACUCUUUAGAAUCGAGAGAAUUAAUCGGAAGUGAUAAAAAAAAAAAUAAUAAAUUUCUUUUUGCCAGUGUUUAUAUAUGCUCCUUUUUGGCUUAAUUGAAACCUUCAAACAGUGGUUAUUUCUUUCUGCUUUCUAUUUUUGGUGGUGUGGCUUCCAUGUAUUUGAACUUUUUGCUUGUUUUUUUUUUUUUUUCUUUUUGUGAAAAAGGUCAGAUCACGUGUUUGAUUUUGCAUUCAAUAGUUGAGACAAGAAAAUACAGUUUUUUUAAUAAAGGGCCUGCCUUUUUUGUUCCUGAUUUGUAAGACUUCAAAAUAGAUACAAGUCCUGUCUUUUUUUUUUUCCCUUUUUUUUUUUUUUUUUUUUAGUCUUU